UGAAAUGUCAAAAGUGGUAAAAUUUUUGAGUGUAAUCUACUUUUUCUCUGUUGCGUGAUAGAAAUUUCUCAUUUUCUGAUAAUUACCUUGUAUAGAAUCAAAAAUUAUCUAUUGAAAAGGUGCAACCACGUAGUUAAAUGUAUAUAGCAUUUAGUAGAAUAAAUAUAUACAAAGUCUUUUUUGUGUAAGCUGCUGAAAAUUCCUUUUAAAUGCUGGAUUGAGUGCACCAACACUCAUACCAACGCACAAGUGCGUUUUAUGAUAGCAGCAGUAGUGACAGCAGGCUGAUUCAUAUCUAAGGACCCCACUGGGAAAAUAGCUGCAGUUAAAAAGACUCCCAUCUUUCUAUAGUGGAUAGAUUCUAUAUUCUAAUAAGGUAGCAACAAUACCUAACACCAUGUAUCAGAGCGCUUGCAAUGUUGCCACGACUGGCUCAUGUGCACCUGGUACUGAAAAUGAUCGCGAAGCAGAACGUCAGGCUGCGCUUAUGGCACAGCAACCACCCACUGCGCCAGUGGAACCAGAUUACAGUGGCUUCGAUAUAGUCAAAGCGACACAAUAUGGCGCUAUAGCACGUGUGCGUGAACUAAUUGAAUCGGGUUGGGAUGUUAAUCAACCCGAUAGUGAGACUGUAACUUUGCUACAUUGGGCAGCUAUUAAUAAUAGGCGCGAUAUAAUACGAUAUUUUUUGGAGAAAGGCGCAAUAGUAGAUGCAGUAGGUGGUGAAUUGAAUGCUACACCAUUGCAUUGGGCAACACGACAAGGGCAUCUGGGUUCUGUUGUGUUACUUAUGAAUGCUGGUGCUGAUCCACGAAUACGUGACGCUGAGGGUUGCUCCUGUAUACACAUUGCCGCACAAUUUGCGCACACAGCAUUGGUGGCAUAUUUCAUAGCAAAAGGUGUUGAUCCAGACCUACAAGAUCGCGGUGGUAUGACUGCGCUGAUGUGGGCUGCAUGGAAGGUCUGCGCUCUAGAUCCCGUGCGUUUAUUGCUCACUCUUGGUGCUAAUCCCGCAAUGGUUGAUUACACACACGGCAAUACAGCGUUACAUUGGGCCAUACUUGCGCGUAAUGCUACUGCCAUAUCGACUUUGGUAUUAAAAUCACGCGCCUCCCUUGACGUUCCUAAUCUGCGUGGCGAAACGCCUCUAAGUAUGCUGGAAACGCAAGCAGGUGCCAUAUGGAUUGGUAAUAAAGUAUUGGAUCGUAUACGUGAGGCUUCACAAAAAACCCAACCGCAAAGAUCUUUGAUAUCACGGCUACGGCAUGAUAAACGGCUACGUUGGUGGGCAAUGGUGGCAUGCCCCUUUACGGCCUUUUAUUUGGCCGGUGUGGUAUUUACACUGAAUACAUUGUAUAUAAUUAAAUUCUUCCUGCUUGGUUGUUUGUAUGCCAUCUUCCAUACGCUUGGUAAAGCGUUAUUCGAUGAACACUUGCUUACGUUAUUGCCGCUAAGUGUUUACCUGGCGUCGAAGGCGUGGUUUUAUGUAACAUGGAUUGUAUAUAUUGUGGAUGCAGUGUCGUUUAUGGAAACAUUAGCUUUUCUGGCAAGUUCUGGUGUGCUUUGGGUUUGUUUUAUGAAAUCGUGGAAGGGAGAUCCAGGCAUUAUACGUCCGACACAAGAGCAACGAUUCAAAACGAUUAUAGAGUUAUCAGAACGCGGCGGUAUCGGCUUUGAACCCUCCUCCUUCUGUUCUGGCUGCUUGGUGCGUCGUCCCAUACGUUCGAAACAUUGCAGUGUAUGCGAUCGCUGCGUAGCUCGUUUCGAUCAUCAUUGUCCCUGGGUUGGCAAUUGUAUUGGUCUCAAAAAUCACGCAUACUUCAUGGGUUUUCUUUGGAUGUUACUCAUUAUGUGCGGUUGGAUGUUAUACGGUGGCGCUUGUUAUUACAUAUAUCAAUGCAAUGUACGUUUCACGCUCGUACCACUUGCGGAUUUCCAAAAAGCAAUUUACGAUAUAGCCAAUUGCAAUGCCUGGGUAGGUUGGGUUAUGGCCAAUGCUUUGCUGCAUCUCUCUUGGGUCGUGCUACUAACCAUCUGCCAGACAUAUCAAGUCAUAUGCCUCGGUAUGACCACUAACGAACGUAUGAAUCGUGGCCGUUAUCGACAUUUUCAAGCGAAAGGUGGCAAAAGUCCUUUCACACGUGGUCCAUUCAAUAAUUUGGUCGAUUUCCUGGAAUGUAAAUGUUUUGGUAUGGUACAACCACGUCAAAUCGAUUGGAUGAACUACUAUGAUAUGGAUAUGCAAGUGGGACGUACAACGGUGGAGCAAGAACCGCUGCUGCGCGGUAAUGCCGAUGGUGAAGGUGGCGGCACGGAGUUGGCACACUAUCAGUAUGUGUAGGAUAAGUCGAAUCGGGAUGCGGAGACGCGCAAUGCGCCCAUAGCAAACGUUUAAGUGCAAAAAGACAUGGCAAGACAUGGCUGGGCCGUAAAGCUAAACAAUCAAAGGCAUAUUCUAAAAGUGCAUUAUUUAGAGUGAGGUAAAAGGACUAGUAUAGAUGGGUGUGGUAGGAGUAAAACAGGUGGUUUUGAAGUGGUGUAAAAUAUUUUAAAACUUUUCUUAAAUUAUUCUAGCGCGUAUAGCGCAUAUUUAUAGUAUGAAUGUAAUGCAAAUUACCACCGCUACAAAACCCUUGCUUAGAUAACGUGCGUGUAUUAAGCCACAAAGAACAUUUGCUAUAAGUACCGUAUUAAACUUUUACUGUAUUAUAUGUAAACCUAAUUAACUAUAAUUUCUAAGGUUAAUAAUACUACUUAGGUGAAAAAUAAAUGCGUGAAAAAAGCAUACAUUAAUUUUUAGUUCGUUAUGCCGCGUAUUUAGUAAUAUAUUUAU